UGCUCUAACCACUCGACCAGCACUAAAACGGACUCUGCACAUAUAAACCAGUACAAAAUGGGUCCAAAAGGAGGCAAAUUCUAAACCCAAUUACAAUUCAAGGCUAAAACUAACUUUGAAAGCUUAAUAUAAAUAGUUAAUGGCCAUUAAAACAGUGGGAAAACAAAGGAAAGCAAGAUGAAACUUUUAUAAACCAAGUGAAAGAACACCAACACCAGUUUAGACCAGAAUAAGUCCGGAACAUGUCUUAAAUAAGCCUAAACAAAAGGCCAACUCUAUUCCUGCCUGUUUCAAACGGCUGAAUUAAUGACAAAACUCAAGUUCAAACCCACCGUUUUCUUGGACCACAGACUGUCUAAAACCAAGUCCAACUCCACCUUGACUGCAGAGAACCACUCAGAAAAACCUUCAAAAUCAGUCAUAAAUCAGUGUAAAAAAUUAUAAAAGAAUAAACAAAGCUGAUUUCUAUUGGACGAACAAACAUACCCGAACAACUAGUAACAAAUUCUUAGAGCGAGUCCGAAAACCAUAGAAAAUCAACUCCUACAUAGUAUAAGAUAAGACGCUUUUAUUUGUCAUUAUACAUACAAAGUACAUGCUGUGUCCGAUGCGCCUGCAACCCGGUUCUGUAUAAGUGGAAGAUGACGAGUACAAGUAUCCCAACAGUUCUGAAGAAUUAUAUUCAAGAAAGUCCACAACCAACCGACAGAUAAUGACUCUGACAUAAAACAAGUCAAAAAUAUUCCUCAAGCACUCUACCAGAAACAUGUGCACUUUAUAAAAUUUUCUAAAAGCAAUUUAAACUCAAUCCAGGACCCAGUCUAAAAGUCCAAAGCCUAUCGUAUCACCUUAUAGAGUCCAAAACCAGCUCUUCACCCAAUGGGUCUAAAAUCAGACUGAACAGAUGCUUUCAGGCUAACCCAGUUCUGAAGGUCUAAAACCUGAAUUUAUACACUAUGCUAGACCGAGAUGAAAACAGAGCAAAAUCCUGCCUAACACCAGAACCAAACCACAGAACAGUGACCCAUGUAACACAUGUUGAACUGAUAUAACCUGCCCAGUUCAUUUCUGAGGCAAACUGCUCUAAAUCAGCCCAUCAGCAGCUCUAAGCAGUUUUAAAUCUAAUACACCAGAGACUAAAAACAGACCAAAAACAGUCGUGAAUGAAUUGAUAAACAGGUCCAGAACAAAAUGGGACGGACUGUGUUUGGUUUAGAACUUUUUCAGGCUCUAGAAACAUAAAAUGUUGCAGAUUUCAGAAUGUUUUACUUCCCCAUAAAGAGUAAAAAUGGUGAGAGGUGACAGAUCUGAGAGAAACAGGUGGUUGUUCUCCUUUAAGGUUUCCACGGUAACCCGUGGCAUUUGGCCUGAUAACAGCAAGGCCGCCUGAUGAAGAUAAACACACUCAGUCAUGGUCGUACAUCUGUAAUAACAGCACACACACACGUGACCUCUGACCUCUCCAAGGUUCCUCCCCGACUGACUCAGAUUAAAGCCAGGGUUCCUCGCCAUCCCCUCAUUCCCCUCCGACGCGCCACGCCGCAGCCAUGUUCGCCGGGCUCCUCGCCUCCAUCUGCGCCUCCUUCCCUCCACCCGUCCUCCUGCUCUUCGUCGUUCUCGUGGUGGUCGUCUGGUCUCUGGCCUGUCGGCGCUUCGUUCAUGAACCCAAACCUCUGAGCUCCGCCGGCCCGCCGCGGGGCUCCAUCCCCUGCUUGCCUCACCUCCCCGUCCUGGGGAGCCUGCCCUGGCUGGGAGGAGGCCUCCCCCCGCACCUCCUCUUCACCCAGCUGGCCCACAGGUACGGACCUCUGUUUGCAAUCUACCUGGGCCCUCACUACACCGUGGUGGUGAACAACCAUCAGCACGCCAGAGAGGUGCUGCUGCAGAGGGGCAAGGACUUCGCUGGACGCCCCAACAUGGUCACCACCAACCUGCUGACCCGAGGGGGCAAAGACAUCGCCUUUUCAGACUACUCUCCUCUGUGGAGGUUUCAUCGCCGCCUUGUCCACAACUCCUUCACUCUGUUUGGAGAGGGAACCAGCCGGCUGCAGGACAUCGUUUUGGGCGCGGUGGACAGUCUUUGUGUGGAGCUGUUGUCCCACGGGACUCGGGGCUUCGACCCGUCUCCCGCCAUAACCAGAGCCGUCACCAACGUGGUCUGCACGCUGGUGUUCAGCAGCACCUACGGCCACGGAGACGCCGAGCUGCAGGAGGUGAUCCGCUACAACAACGGCAUCGUGGAGACCAUCGCCAGAGGAGGACUGGUGGACAUCUACCCCUGGAUGAAGGUCUUCCCUAACAGGUCUCUCAGUAAACUGAAGGAGUGCAUCACUGUCAGAGACCGACUCCUGAGCCGGAAACUGGAGGAGCACAAGGUGUCGCUGAGUGAUGGUGAUCCCCGUGACCUCCUGGAGGCCUUACUCAAGGGUCAGACAGGCAGUGGGCGGGGUCAGAAGUCACAUGGGUCAAAGGAAGAGGGGAUAACAGACGACCACGUCCUCAUGACAGCAGCCGAGGCUUUUGGAGCUGGUGUGGAGACGACGUCCACCACUCUGCUGUGGAUCCUGGCCUACCUGCUGCACCACCCCGAUGUCGAGGAUCGUGUGCAGAAGGAGCUGGACGAGAACGUGGGCUGUGAGAGAGCAGUGAGCGUGUCGGACCGCGGUAGGCUGCCGUACCUGGACUGUGUCAUCAACGAGGGGAUGAGGAUCCGACCAGUCAGCCCGGUUCUGAUCCCCCAUACUGCCAUGACCGACAGCAGCAUUGGAGGUCAUGCUGUAAGUCGCGGGACUCGGGUCCUGGUCAACAUGUGGUCGAUUCAUCAUGACCCCCGACACUGGGACAAACCUGACUUGUUCAACCCAGAUCGUUUCCUUGAUGACCAAGGUCAAAGGGCCACACCCUCCUGUUUCCUGCCAUUUGGGGCGGGACCUCGAGUGUGCGUCGGCGAAUCACUCGCCAGAUUGGAGCUCUUCCUCUUCCUCUCCUCUCUGCUCCAAAGAAUGAGCUUCAGGCUGCCAGAUGGGGAUUCCCUGCCUAACUUGCAGGGGCGUCUGGGUGUGGUCUUGCAGCCGCUGCCUUAUAAGGCUGUAGUCAUUCCACGCCCAGGAUGGGAGGGCGGGGCUAAAUGAAAAGGGGAGGAGCUUAACAUAAAGACAAAAAUAGAGUUGCUCACAACUACUUUGAACUAAUUUCUUUUUAUUUAAAUAUGUGUGUUAAAAACAAAUUUUAAAUAGAAGGAUUUUUUUUACUUUGUAAAAUAUUCUCUGCAAACAUGUAGUUUUAUCACACCUUUCAUCAGGUUUCCAACCAUCCAGUAAAACCAGUAACUUCCCUGCAUUUUAAUCUUAAAAUUCUUAAUUUUAUUAUUAUUAAAGUGUUCAUCUUAUUUAAAAAAAUGCUUUGUUCUGUAUUUUUCAGGAAGUCACUUCAAGAUAUGUUCAUUUUCACAUCAACCCCGACUGAAAACUUAUUUGUUUUAUGUUGUAAGUCACAACUUGUGACACUGUGAGCCGCUUAUUAAAAAAAAUCUACAUAGACAGAUUUAUGGCAAUGGUACGUGUAUCCUGCUUGAUUGCACAAUAUAAAAUGACAAAUAAUUUUGUUAAUUCAACUCUAUAAAAAAAAGUAAAAAAAAUAGAAAAAGAGAGGAAAAAAAAUCUACAUUGAGGUAUUUUACGUAUGGCGGGAUAAAGACUUGAAAGCAAUAUCUGUAAGGUAUCCAAGACCUCUUGGUGUCACCAACUGGACCACUCUGCAGCCCCUAAAAUACUCCCCCCACCAUAACUUAAUAUCCACAUAUACGACUAAUCUGAUUUCUUUAAUUCUAUAUAUAUUGGCCUGGAUAUAGUUUUAUGUUUAUUAAUAAUCUUCCUGCAUAAAAGGGUUAUGGUUCUCCAAUGCAAGACCAAAGAGCUUGGAUGUAGGGGUGGAUGAAGGUUCCUUAUGUCAACAUGGCAACCAAUCUCAUCCUAAUAUUCAGUGCUGUUUAGUAAAGAUGACAAAAUAAUGAGCUUCUAUUAUCUUAUGUUAUCAAUAAAAUAAACAUUUUAUGCAUAAAGCAUUGUUUUUUUAGUAUGAACAUGGUACUUUUUGGAUUCAUCAGCAGCAAUGUGAUUAAAGCUGUUCUACAUUAAACACACAGACGGACAGACAACUUUUAGAUUCAACAGUUUUAUUCAUUAUAUUUCCACACUUUUAGAACAGGCUGGUUUAGUUAUGUCACACAUACAUACAUUCAUACAUACAUACACGCCAACUGUUACCUUUAAUAAUACUAAUUAGUCUUCUUGUCAUUUAAAUAAUACAGGAUUUUAAUGUUUUUAAAAACUUCUCCUCUUCCUCCGAUUCUGAUGACAGAAACCUCUGCGAGGACAAGUGAGAAGACAGUUAAAAUCCUGUAAACGGGUGGGAACGACUCAAAUAGUGUGGUUUUAUUAGGGAAUCAAAUUGUUUUGUGAAACAUCACAGGGGGACUUCAAAUUUGAAAUAACUUAAAGAGAUGAAAUCCAAAUGAAGGUUUAACUGGCUUCACAUUUCAAGGCCAAGAAACAGGAAAGAUGAUAAAUUAAA